AAGUGGGCCGCUGGUGGCGCGCGCGGUGGCUUCUGGGAUCGUGGCGGUGAAGGCAAAGGGGAAAAAAAAAAAAAGAGCGGCGAGUGAGCGAGCUUCUUUCCCCAUUUCCUCCGCCAGCGAAGAAAAAGGGCAGGCAGGAGGGGGCUCGUGCCCGGAAGCCAUGUUUUGGAAGUUUGAUCUCCACACAACUUCUCAUAUUGACACACUUUUGGAGCGUGGGAAUGUGACCCUUUUUGAACUUUUGGAUGAGGAAGAUGUAUUGCAGGAAUGCAAGGUGGUCAACCGAAAGCUUGUAGACUUCCUGGUACAGCCAGAACAUAUGGAAGCUCUAGUCACCUGUGUGACUGAGGAGCCCCCUGGAGAUGUGGAUGAAAGAGUGCGCUACAAGUUCUAUUUUGCUGUCUUCAGAUAUCCAAGUGUUUCUUGUGAGAUCUUGACAUCCGAUGUCACACAGAUAAAUGAUGCACUCGGUGAGGAUGAAUCUCUCCUGCGACGUCUCUAUGGCUUCCUUCAGACUGGUGGAAUCCUCAACCCUCUGUUGGCCAGCUUCUUCAGCAAGGUUAUGGGGAUUCUUAUCAACCGUAAGACUGAUCAGAUAGUUGCCUUCUUGCGUAAGAAGGAUGACUUUGUCAACCUGCUGCUACAUCACAUUGGUACCUCAGCCAUCAUGGACCUCCUGCUGCGACUCCUAACUUGUGUGGAGCAGUCACAGCUCAGGCAAGAUGUAUUCAAUUGGCUUAAUGAGGAGAAAAUUGUGCAGAGGCUCAUUGGGAUGAUUCACCCUUCAAAAGAUGACAAUCAACAUUCCAAUGCUUCACAGUCUUUGUGUGACAUUAUCCGGCUGAGCCGUGAACAGAUGAUCCAAAUCCAGGAUAGUCCUGAGCCGGACCAGUUACUGGCCACGCUUGAGAAACAGGAGACAAUUGAGCAGCUGCUAAGCAAUAUGCUGGAUGGAGAACAGAGCGAAUCUGUCAUAGUCAAUGGGAUCCAGGUCUUGCUGACACUGCUGGAACCACGAAGACCCAGGAGCGAGUUGGGUGGCAUAGGGGGCUUUUAUUGCAAUAUGGAGGGGCAGAUGGAGAUCACUGCUCCCAACUGUGAAGUGGCUUCCAGCCAGGCCAGUUUGGGCACUCUGCAUGCCAUCAAACAGCGUCUCAGGGAGCUUCACCGGCUGCUCCUCGAUCCACCAAAGAAAGAAGCCCUGCAGACUACCUGGGGGGUCUUGGACCCUCCUUUGGGAAACACUCGUCUGCAUGUGGUGAAGCUGCUGGCCAGCUCAUUGGGUACAAACAACACAGCACUGCGGGAUGAGAUCAUUGAACUUGGGGCCCUUGACACUAUGUUGGAUCUCUACUUCAAGUACACCUACAACAACUUCUUGCACGCCCAAAUAGAGGCCUGCCUUAGCAACAUUUUCAGCCCCCUUGUUGGAGAUGAAACAAUAGAGAACCACUCGGAGCCCCACCCAGAGAGUCCAGUCAUCCAACAUUUGCUGCAGAAAUGUCGCUUAAUCCAAAGAAUUUUAUCUGCCUGGGAGGAGAAUGAGCAGUCUCAAUUGGAUGGGAGAAGACGCAAGGGCUACAUGGGGCACCUCACCCGGAUUGCCAAUGCCUUAGCUCAAGGUUCUGAGAAGUGGCCUCACUCAAAUCUCAUCAAGCAGCUCUUAAAAGAGAUGCCUGAAGAAGACCAAGAACAAUGGGAAAAAUUUGUCUCGGGACCUUUAUCAGAAACCAAUAAGAAGAACACUGUGGAUCUAGUUAACAUGCACAAUCUCCACUCAUCUAGCGAUGAUGAUGAGAAUGAUCUCAAGGAGUUCAGCUUCCCUCAGGAGGCUGUUCUACAACAGGCUUUCGUAGGUUACCAAAUGCAACAGAUGACUUCAUUCAUUGACCACUUUGGUUUUCAUGACGAAGAAUUUGGCGAGCAGGAAGAGAAUGUCAAUGCUCCCUUUGACAAAACGGCCAACAUCACCUUCUCACUGAAUGCAGAUGAUGACAGUCCCAACGCCAACCUUUUUGACAUCUGCUACAAGGAGCGAAUUCAGCAAUUUGAUGAUGACGAAGAGGCUGAUGGGUCUGAUGGGGAGGACAUCUGGCAGGAGAAGGAGAGGACUAUCACUUCGGGUACCUCACCCUCUAUGACAGUCAGAAGACUUGGUAGCACAGAUAGUGAAGAUAGUGAAGACUCAGAAGGUGAAGGGGGUGAGGAAGAGGAUCCUGGUGGGGGAGAUGGAGAGGCCAUCCCUGUCAGUAAUGGCUGUGGUGAACAAACAGAAGCGGAAAGGACAUUAGGAGAUCCUAGCUGGGCAGACAGAUCUGAUCUGUCCUCCAAGUCUACGAAAUCCUCACAACUGGUGGCAGCUGAUACAGGAGCAGCAGUGUGGGACCAACCUAACUCAGGUGCCUCCUGCUCUGGCAAAGACGAGAAUUGGGCCUCCUUUCCAGAACGCACUGUACAGCAAGAGAGUUCUUCUAAAGUGCUCACAGAGCCAGCCAUCCUCUCUCAGGAAGUGGCACAAAAUAAUGGAUCCCAAGUAGAAGCAGUCUCUAGCGUUCCACAGGAUCCUCCCACUCCAGACACAGGCCCUCCAGAAGAGAGAAACCCACCAAAUUCUUCUAUCGUGACAACAGUAGCCAGCAGCACAAAAGAACCUCCCCCAUCUACCUCUGAUUCCACCCAGCCACUUCAGGGGACAACAGAAACACCACAACCUGAGCACAGCAACCCACAGAUAGAGCAACAGCAGCAAUCGGCAGCCAGAUAAAGGCACUCAGUGAGUCUCGUCACUGGGAAAGAACCACGGCUGCUUGCUCGAUCAAGUCUAUUUUGCCAGGGACUGACCCCAGUCCUUCCGGUGCCUUCACCCCUAUAGGCAGGUGGGGGGGGGGCAGAAGAGAAAGCAGCAAGGGGCAACGAAAGGGCCCAGCCCUCUCUCCCUCUCUCCCCCUCCCCCCAAGCAAUCACUGAAGAGUCUGGUUCCAACAAGCACCUGUGAAAGAAAUGGAUGUGUGUACGAGGGUCGCAACAUCAUCCCCCUUCUGGCACAUCAUUUGGCAAAUCUCAGCAAUGGUGUUUCCCCCCCCCCCCUCUUACUCCAGCAAGGGGCAGCAACCUUUGGCACAAGGCCUUUCCCCUGCAUUCCCUCUCCUCAAUAUGCAUUCAUACACACUGCUGCACUGAGUAAACCUGUCUUUGAUGCAAUUAAAAUUGAUGCUUGAAUCAUAUCAGAAGUCUUCUGAUGGGGGGGGUAGUGCCAGGUGGGCGGGUAGAAAACUCAUCAAGGAAUUCCCUUUCUCAUGACCAGUGAAUAUCCCACUUGCAAGCACACUAUUUCCAUCGACACAUUCGAUCCACAGGGAGAUAGGUGUGACUACUAGAGACAUCACACAGGAUAAUCAAAAUGGACUUGCUUCAAACAGGCACAAUGGGCUUCGCUAACUGUAAAGGUUAGGACAGUAGCAUGUGAGAAGGAAUUUUUGAGACACACAGUCUCUUUUUCCUAUUGGGAUGGAACCCUGUUUUGCAUCUUAGCAAGUGCUAGAUCCACUGCCCCCCCCAUGAUGUUUUAGUUAAUCCCCUCAAGAGAACCUACUGGGUAGCCCACAUGAGAAAGCAGAGAAGACUUUUCUGAUCUGUUGGCCAAACAAUAUUAGCAACACCUUGCCAGAACUGCCCAUUGUUAACUUGGAAUCUUCCACCAAUUUGUUCAGUAAGACUUCAAACCUGUUUAUUACCAUUUGUGAAUCCUGAAUUGGAACCUCUAAAAGUUUUCAGCUUUAUUCUUCCUAUUUCAUGCCCUCCCAGUGCAUAGUCACCACUCACUUGAUUGUCAAUCCUCUUCUCAUUCUCUUCCCAUUGGAUUCUGCCCUUCCCAGCCAUUUUUUUCUGCAGUGUUUAGACACCAUUUUGUAACUGGUGAAAAAGGAGAUCUUUCCCACAGGCCCAAGUACCAGUUGCAUUGAUAGAAUGAGAAACCUAGAUUCUAUCAUCACUUCAGCCCCAAGUGAUUUAUCAUGUCCUUGGAGAAGCCAUUCAUUUUUAAGAGGCACAGCAGGAAAUUUUGUAUCACUGCUUUGUUAGCACUUAUUGACAGUUUCCUUCCCCUCUCCCAUUUCAGUGUUGUUGGUAAAUCACCAGCCAUACUGUAGCAGAUAAGCCUUAAUCUUUGAAUAUUGGCCUACUCUGUGUCCAUACUGCAACAAUUGCCUACCCUAUCUCCCCUUUACAGCCCAGAAUCCAUUUUACAGGAGUUUUCUUAUAUAUCUACAGCACAUUCCUAAAAUGUAAUUUAAAUUUCGUAUUCUUUCUCCCCCACUAAAAAAAGAAAAGAAAGUUCUGAAUUGUGUGGGUGCAGUUCUUUGACUCUUGAAAAACUCUGCUGCCAUUUCUUGAGUUAAUAGUGAGAAUUCUACACUUGGUAAUACGCAAGACUCAAACUGCCCUUGUAGUCCUGAAUUGCAGGGUCUCCUUUCUGCAAGAUUUGCUCCAAAGUAUCCUCAUUUUUUUAUGAUGAUGAUGAUGAUGAUCAAGAAUCUCCAUUUACAGUUCUUACCCCAUUAAAUUAUAAUUUUCUUGUGUGACUCCUAGAAAACAGAAUUACCUCCUCCCAAAUCCCAGAAUUAUCUCUUGAUCUGGAUUUUCUGUAACUCUUGAAAACAACUAAACAAUCAAAAGCACUAUGCCAUCUUUGCCCCCUCCCUACCAAGUUGGGCAAGAGCAUGGCAAAACUCAACCGAGAAAUGGAGGAGGGUUUUAUGUCAGCCUGCUCUCUUGAUAGGGGAGAAAGGAAUUGAGACAGAUUGAAAACCGGGUUUUGCAGAGGUCACUGUCUGAACAUCUGGCGUAGGAUGAGAAGUUGUGAUGGGAAAUAUUCUUGUAUAAGAAGUAAACAUCCUUCUUCCACCCUCUGUACUUGCAGAUAGUAGAUU